ACAUUAUUUGUUGUGGGACAUGCCAUGGCAAUGUGCUUUUGAUGCUCGUGCAUAGAAACUUAGAUGGGAUUAGGCAUCAAUAUAUGGUAGAUUUUUAUUGCAAUUUAUUGCUACCGAUCGUUUCAUCACUAGCUCGUACAAAUAGCCAUGGUCAUGGAGAGAAUAGUAAAAACGGCGGUCGUUCUAAGGAAUAAUUGGAAAAAGUCCGUCUUUGCUUCCCUAUGUGCACUGUAUGGUGGUAACUAUGCUGUUGGAAAAUAUCGGGAAGCAUUGUAUAUGCAUGAGAUAUGUUUGGAAGCAAAGGCUUUUGGAGAUGCUCCUCUCCCAACAACUGCUAAGCCACGCCAUGUGACAGUCAUUUUGAACCCGGCUGCCAAUGAUGGGAAGUGCCGUGCGAUGUUCGACAAAUACUGUGGACCACUGCUCAACCUGGCUGGCCUGAAGGUUGGCAUCAUCAAAACGGAGAAGGAAGGGCAGGCUAAGGACAUCAUGGAGAUAAUGGACAACACAGAUGCAGUGAUUGUGGCUGGCGGCGAUGGCACUGUGGCCGAGGUGGUGACGGGUCUGCUGCGCCGCGCGGACCGCGCCCAGGCCGUACAGCGCCUGCCCCUGGCGCUGAUCCCGCUGGGCGACACGAGCGGCUCGGCGACGGCGCUGCUGCCGCCCGGGGAGGACAGCCCGGCGCGGCGCAUCACGCAGGCCACCAUGGCGCUGGUACGGGACACGGUCCGUCCGCUGGACGCCAUGGAGGUGCAGGCUCUCGAGACGGAGGCGGAGGUUCCGGGCAGGCCGGUGUACCUGCUCUCAAACAUCACCUGGGGCGCCUUCCGCGACGUGCAGGCCCGCGUCAGCAAGUACUGGUACUGGGGCGGCCUCAAGGAACGCAUGGCCUACGUCUUCGCCGUCUUCAAAAACCUCACCUGGAGUUGUAACGGCGACAUGGAGUACACGGCCUACUGCGCCGGCUGCAGCCGCUGUUACGCGGAGCAGAAACAGCAGCAGCAGGAGCGGGCGGCAGCCGAGCAGCAGCAGCAGCAGCAGGCCAGGGCCGGCCGCUGGUGGUCUCGCUUCAUCCCGCAGCCCAAGCCGACAGCGCCGCCGCAGCCCGAAAGCGCCGUGUCUGAGGACUUUUCGUCGGUGGAUAACCCGGACUGCGGCGUGUGGCACCGCAGACCGGUGUCCACCAUCGACUGGAGUCUGCGCACCAGACACGCGGCCGCGGAAGGCGCCGGACCCGGGCUCCAUCUUCGGCUAGGUCCGUCUGAGAUGUCAUCCUCCGAGUUCAUCUCGGAAGGCUGGAGCCGGAUGGGAGGCUCCGAGCCGUCCGGUACUGAGCGGCUGACCGUGGACCAGGUGCGGCUGGUGCCCACUCCGGAGGAGCGGAGCGCCAGUGUCACCGCGCCAACCACUACCGACUCCACCUCCACACCCGCCGAGCCGCCAGCCAACACGCGCUGGUUCGGUUUCGACGGUGAGGAGUUCGAGGUCCGACCGGUACUGAUCCGGCUACUGCCUCGGGCCGUACGCGUCUUCACAGAGAGGGAUACGGAACAGACGGCGCCGGUCCCCAGCUAGCGACCACCCAGGUACUGGGGAGGCGGUGAGCUAGGGUAAUACCGAGUGGGUCCGGGCGUUCUGUGGAUGAGGGUGUGUGGAAAGUGAUAGUGAUUGAUCGGUGAAUAUGUUUGUGCGAGUGGUUCCUGAUGUACAGUGUACUUUGUUAUGCGGAAAUGUUGACCGGCCAUUUCGUAAUUGCCGGGGUGGAUUUCAGACGUUGCGUUGUUGAAAGGACAUUGCCGUAGGGUUGAUUGACACAGACUAUUUUGUAGGCAAUUAUGUGUCUUCAGGAAAAUAAUACAAUACUGCGUUUUAUUGUAAA